AUGCAAAAGCCUAUCUCCAUCCUCCCUCGUCACCUACGUCCAGCAAUUCGUCUACUCAGUACGACACCUUCAAUGAAGGCAGAAUUAGAGGUUCAAGAGGCAUCUUCGCACGUAUACCAUGUGAAGUUAAAUCGUCCAGAUCGACGUAAUGCAUUCACUCUGAAUCUGUGGAAAGAAUUGAGGACGACCUUCGACAAGCUAGCCGAAGAACCAAAGUGCCGCGCGAUUGUCAUCUCCGGCAACGGGAAGUCAUUUUGUUCUGGGAUUGACUUGCAGCAGGGCAUGGGUGAGCUGAUUGGAAUGUUGAUGAAUGACGACGCCGAUGUGGGAAGAAAGGCCAGAUCACUACGCAGACUCAUUACGACGUGUCAGGAUAGCUACACUGCAAUUGAAGCGUGCCCAAAGCCAGUCAUAGCCGCAAUUCAUUCACACUGCAUUGGUGCAGGUAUAAAUCUGAUCACUGCUUGUGAUGUCCGCUAUGCCAGCAGUGAUGCCGUGUUUAGUAUCAAAGAGGUAGACAUUGGUAUGGCAGCAGACGUUGGGGCAUUAAACCGAAUUCAAAAGGUAGUUGGGAAUGACAGCUGGACACGAGAAAUCGCAUUCACAGCAAGAGAUGUCAGUGCUGAUGAAGCGUUAAACUUCGGUUUGAUUUCUCGAAUUUUUAACAAUGCGAAGGAUGUUGUGGAAGGAGCGCUAUAUCUUGCUAGAACUAUCGCAGAGAAAAGCCCGAUUGCUGUGCAAGGCACUAAGGAGGUUCUCAACCAUGCUCGUAACCAUUCUAUUCAAGACUCUCUAGAUUUUGUGAAAACUUGGAAUAUGAGUCAAAUGCAAUCAGCAGAUCUUCGAAAUAGUGCAAUGGCUGCGAUGAACAAACAGAAGGCAGAAUACGAAAACGUCUAG